UCCCCCUUUUUCCCAAGCGUCAAACCUUAGUUCUGUAUAAAUUCGAACACUGUUGGUUCGUUGCUGUUGUGUAUACCAUUAGUCAUUUCUAUCGUUUUACAAUUUUCAUUUCUAACAACAGAUGCUCAGAGAUAAUCGUCGAAACUGACGCACACGUGACAAAAUAGAAGUUUGGCAACAUCGCAAAUACAUCUUUCCAAAGGAUACGAUAAAAACAAGACUGUUUACUCUAGUCGUCAGUUGUCGAUCGACAUUCUACUUGUUAUCGUGUCGAUUGAUAGUGGUAAGUGAACGUAUUUUAUACGACCAUUCUAAAUGUCUAAUAUAUCUAAUAUAAAUAAGAAUAUCAAUAAGAUGAUGUAUGGCGGUGAUGAAAUUGGCGCGCUUGUGUGUGACUUGGGAUCACAGUCGUUUCGCAUUGGAGCCGCCCAAGAAGAUUGUCCAAAAGCAGAAAUACCAUCCUUCGUUGGUGUAUUGAAUGAUGGCACGUCAGAUACGAGUGCGUUGGAACCCGGUGCUAAAGCUGGUAAUCGAAUCAACGGGAACACCAAAUAUUUCACUGAUGUUACGUCAUUGCGCGUACCUCGUAAAGACAAAGAAAUAAUUAACUGUAUGAAAGACGGCAUGGUCGAAGAUUGGGAUUUAUUCGAGAAGAUUAUGGAUUACUCUUACUCAAAGUGUUUGUACACCGAGGCCCAGUAUCAUCCAAUAUUAUUUAGUGAUUCACCAUUAACUACCAAAUCCAAAAGAGAAAAGUUGGUGGAAAUAAUGUUUGAAAAGUACCAUGUACCUGCUCUUUACCUUUGUAGAAAUGCGGUAUUAGCUGCGUUUUCAUGUGGUCGCCCUACUGCUAUUGUCGUUGAUAGUGGUGCAGUACAUACGUCUGCUAUUCCGGUGCACGAUGGCUAUGUAUUACCUUCUGCCAUGGUCAAAUGUCCUUUGGGUGGAAAUUUCAUUAGCUCGCAAUGCAAACAGUUCUUGGCUGAAAGUAAUAUUGAAGUGACACCACAUUAUAUGAUCGCAAAAAAAACCCCGGUAAAAGAAAAAGAAAAGCCAAUAUGGACAAAGAAAAGAACACUGCCAGAAGUGACAGACUCUUGGUAUAGUUAUAUGUGUCAAUCAGUCAUUCAAGAUUUUAAACAAUCUGUGUUGCAAAUCUCUGAAACUCCAUACGAUGAGAAAACUGUAUCAACUCUACCAACUUCUCAUUAUGAGUUUCCUAAUGGCUACAAUCAAGAAUUUGGUAAUGAAAGAUUCAAAAUACCUGAACAGUUAUUUGAUCCUAGCCCUAAUAUGGGUGGCUCUAUGUUAAGCAUAAGCCAUAUUGUUGUUACAAGCGCAGGGAUGUGUGAUGUGGAUGUAAGACCUACCUUGUAUAAUAACAUUGUUAUCACUGGUGGAAAUUCAUUGAUACAAGGUUUUCCAGAGAGAUUAAAUCGAGAUCUUACAGCACGUGUGCAUGCCAAUAUGAGAUUGAAAAUGAUUUCACCUAAUGGAUCUGCUGAGAGGCGCUUUGGUGCCUGGAUUGGUGGUUCAAUAAUAGCAUCAACUGGAGCAUUUCAACAAAUGUGGUAUAGCCGUCAUCAAUAUAAUGAAGGAGGCAAAAGUCAAAUUCAUACCAAGUUUGCUUAAUAAUGUUAGUAUGGACAGUCUUAAAUUUCGCACUUUUAAUAUAAUUACAUAAUCUUAUUAAUUGUUAAGACUCGCAUUAAGGUUCUGUAAGUGACUCAUUUUUGCUCAAAAACACGUCUUAUAGGAAAAACUCGUUCCUUACAAAGUGACUCGAUUGUGAUACUUAUUUUUUUUUUUUUUUUUUUGAAACCGUGUUUUGAGCAAAAACUUGAGUUCUUCAUUUUUCGUCAGCGGGGCCGUUAUCAUUUAUGAUUAUGAUUAAUAUUAAAUUUAAAUUCCAUGGGUUAUUAAAUAUAUUGUUUAAAUAUUGCACCUUUGUAAAUACACACGAGUGUGGCUUUUAAUAGUAUGUGUGCUGUAUGCAUACAGUUAAAUAAAUAAUAUUAGAUAAUAGGAAAAUUACAUGUAUAUAAAAGCACAUAAUAUUGCAUAAACGAGUGAUCAAUCAUAUAAUAUUUUGUGCAUAAAUAUAUUUCAAGAAUAAAUAGGAAAUUUUAAAAUGUGCACAAACUAUUUGUAGCAUAAUUAUUAUAGUUAAUAAUUUGAAUGUUUUUUUUUUGUACAUACUUUUUUUUUAAAAUAAUAAUCGUAAAAUAAUAACACCUUUGUAGUUUGUAUUUAAAAAAUGUAUAUUAUUCAGUUUUCCUACAAAUGUAAGAGAAAACUGCUUAUAGGAAUAACAUUUCUAUUUCCACAAAAAAAAAAAAAAAAUACGGUGUGGGGUUUAGUUAUUUCACCAAAUAGGCACUAGCUUAAUAUUAUUUUAUUUGUAAUAAAUUUAACUACCUACUUAUUUUGUAUAUGAAUAUUUGCUUGUGCCUAUCGUACCUAUAAUAUAUAUAUUAUAUAUUUGCGGUACGCUUCAACAAAAUUGUUACAUUAUAUUUAAAACGAAACAAAACCUAACCUAAUUACCUAAAUUUAUCUUUUUUGCGAUAUUUUGUACUAAUCAUUAUUUUUGGAACCAAAUAUUUAUGAUGAAUGAUGAUAUUUAACAAACUAUUUUAUAAUUUUUUUUUUAAAUAUUUUAAUUGUAAAAUUAAAACGUAGGUACCUACCUAAUGGAAUUUGUAUUGAUUUAAGGAUAAUAAAAAAAAUUGUAAAUUGUACAUUGUACAAAAAAAAAAAAUAAUUAUUAUUAAAUUGAAGAUAUACUUACUAAGCUGAUAUUAAACUAAUUAAUUAUUAAAAUAUAAUAAUCCAAGAAAUUUCAUAUUUUGGGGUACUGAGUAUUCCGUGUUUUUAAAUUGAAUGUGUUAUGUGCGUAAUGACUACCUAUAUACUAACAUAAAUCUUAACAGUUAUUACAUUUGUCUUAUAUUAUUGGCAAUAAUAUUAAGUAAUAAUAAAUAACUAUUGUUUAAAAUGA